AUGUCCUCGUCUUCGUCGUCGCACCUCAUGAAGACGACCCGCAGGGGUCGGCCUUUUGUCAAGGAUACCCAUGACCUCUUUGCCACCCUCAUCGUGUCUCUCAGGUUGGAUACCCACCGCUCGUUCUUCAAGUCAUACCCAAACUCAUUCACGACCGACGAAGCAUGUCAGAACCUGUCGUCGCUCAAGUUCUCCCAGUCGAACCGUUCCGCAGACCCAAAGGACCCCUCGCGCAUCGUGACCACGACCACGACGACCACGUUCUCCAUGUCUCGUGAAAUGGCACGGGGCGUGAGCCAGCAUUUCCUCGAGGCGCACUUGAUCGAGUGUGCGACCGACCUCGGUGCGCAGGUGUUCAAGGAGCGCGGCGUCUUUAUGAUCACGUCCAAGGGGCUGCACAUUCUCGAGCGUUUCAUCACCAAGAACGGCAUUGCGGCCGAGAACCUGCUGCGUGUGUUUGCGACACAACCCAUCUGCAUGAAGCUGCUCCACCUGGAACGCAGAACCCAGGACGACGAGAUCCUCGUGACCAAGAGUGUGUUUGAGGUUCUGUUCCGCCGUUUUGUCGGUCGCGAACCCAACGUGUCCAAGCUUUCCGACGACGACCUUCUCGCCCAGUACCAGUCGCGCCCGCAUGCCAAGGCUCCGCCUCUCCCACCAUACGAGGAGUGUGACCGCACACACGGCAUCAUUGUUCGUCGCAUCUCCACUCCAUCCCACGACAAGAAGGCGGGCGAAGAGUUUCACUUCUCCGCCCUCGCGGCAUGUGACUGGCUGUGCGACUUUACCACCAUUGUCGGCCUCGACGAGGCCGCCGAGGUUCUGGGCCAGUUUGUCCGCUAUGGCUAUCUGUCACUCGUCUCCGACAAGGGCAAGAUGAAGGAUGGCAACAUCAUCGUCACGGUCCGUGCCGGUGGCGCAGGUGGCGCGGCAGGUGCUAUCAUGCCAGAGGCAGAGUUCCGUGCGACAGACAAGGCGGUGUACCGCGUCACAAAGGAGGGCAUGUCGGUGGCCAAGUGGGACCUGGCCAAGGCGUACCAGAAGCCCGGAGCGUCGCGCACACCCGAGCCGACGGGUGAUGACACGCCCGCACGCUCCAACCCUACAAAGUCGCUUGCUUCGGCCACCGACGUCGGCAUCAUGCGCCGCGCCAGUCUGUCUGACCGUAUGCGUGCCGAGUUUCUCGCUGCAGAGGCCGAGCACCUGGGCGGCAAGGACUCGCACACUGCCCGUCUCAAGCAGAUCCUCGAGGAGCCCGCGCUCCGUUCGCUCUUCCGUGAAUUCCUGCGCUCCAACUUCUGCGAGGAGAACCUGUCUUUCUGGCUCGACGUUCAGGACUUUAAGCGUCGCUUCAACACGUCGUCGUCCGCAGCCGCCGCGCCCGGUGCCCUCCCCACGCAGCGUGGUCAGGGUCUCCAGGCAAUGGAGAAGCACCAGCAGGACCUUAUAUCCAUGGCGUUUGUCAUUUACAACACCUACCUCGCACCCGCGUCGCCCUGCGAGCUCAACAUUGACCACCAGCUGCGUGGCGAGCUGAUCACGUACAUGAACGACAUUCUUGAGGACCCCAACGCCGAAAAGGGCGAGCUCGUCCCCGGUGUCGGCAACUCGCUGCAGGCCAACCAGCUCCAGAACAUGGUCUUCCUGUACGAGCGUAUCCAGAGCCACAUCUUCCGCCUCAUGGCCACCGACUCUGUGCCCAAGUUUGUCAAGACGGAGCGUUUCCUCACCCUCAUGCAGUCCGUCUUCCAGUACAACGACGGGCCGGCCGGCGCGGCCGGCGGCGCCGGCGACGACGUCGCUGCGGCCAAGGGCGGUGCCGACCCCAACAACGCAGGCACGUACGACUCUGCCGGCGUCAAGACGGCCGCUGUUGAGGGCGACAUGGGACGCGCAUACCUCACCGUGUCGCAGGCCGCCAACGAAAAGCACGUCGCGUCACAGUAA